CUAGAAGUUGGUUUGUAGCCCGCCAUUACAGGAAGAAGAAGAGCUGGGCGACAGAUGCUAGAUCGGAUCCGCUAGACGUGUCGACGUCAUAGGACGUGCCUCGUGGCCCGCCUUAUUCUGCAUUAUUCUGCCUCUGAUUGGCUUACCCUGGUAUUCUUACCCUAACCCUAACCAAUCCCCACUCCCCCAUGCCUACACCGUGACCUAACUACGUAGACCAUUCUAGCAGAUCCGAUUUAGGAUCUACCGCGACUGGACGGACCGCGGACACAAACGUUCACUUCCCGGUCGGUGUUUUCAACAUGUGAGAGUGGAGAGCAUGGCUUCACGCGCUCAGGAGCAAACUCUGCUCGGUCUGUGUGAUGGAGAGCUCGACUCUAACCGACACCGGUCCUCUUUUCUGACCAACAAAGUCGGCGGCCACCCGGACUGGUUGCCGGGCAUCUCCCGGCAGUCUCCCCGCUGUGGUCGCUGCGGAGCCCCGUUGGCCCACGUGGUGCAGGUGUACUGCCCCCUGGAGGCCUCGCCCUACCACCGAAACCUCCACCUGUUCGCGUGCCCAGGUGCAGCGUGCAGCGGCCGGUCAGACUGCUGGACGGUGCUCCGCUCUCAGUGUCUGGAGGAGCGGACAGCCAGCCGGCCCGCCCCGGCUCAGGAGGCUCCUCCGGCGGCCACUGAGUGGUGUGACACCGCUGAUGACUGGGGAGUGGAGGAGGAGGAGGAGGAGGAGGAGAAGGAUGGAUGGGGAGGAGGUGUGGAGGAGGACAGCCACGGUCAAGAGGAGACAACAGCUCCGGAAGAAAAGGCCGGCGAGGUUGAUGUCAGCAGCCGGCUUCAGGAUCUGAAUCUGGGCGCCUCCCGCGAGGACGCCCCGGUCCUCCGUCCGUUCUUCAUUAGCGUGGCGGAGGAGUCGGAUCUGUGCGGCGAGCGAGACGACCUGCGGCACGCCCAGCAGCUGCUGAGGGAGUACGAGAGCAGGGAAGGCGUGGCGGUCGGAGAGCUGGAGGGCGGCUGCGAGGAGAAGUACGAGAAGACGAGCGCCAGACACGGAGACGCCGUCUUCUCCAGGUUCAUGAAGAAGAUCUCGCUCUGUCCUCAGCAGAUCCUCCGCUACUGCCGCGGCGGGAAGCCGCUUUUCGUCUCAGAGCCGCCGCCGGCCGCCGCGGCUUCCCUGGCGUCGGCGGCGUGUGGCCGCUGCGGAGGCUCCCGGACGUUUGAGCUGCAGCUGAUGCCGGCGCUGGUCAGUCUGCUGCGGAGGACGGACGGCGGCGAGGCUGAGCUGGAGUUUGGGACGGUGCUGGUUUACACGUGCACGGACAGCUGCUGGACGGCCGGGUCGGGCGCCGCUGUGGAGGAGUUGUGCUUCGUUCAGACCGAUCCAGACCAGCAGCUCUUCAAAUGACCCGACAGGUUACAUCAACAUGACAUCAUGACUUUGCGUAAACAUACACACCAAGUGGCGUGUUAUCUGUACGCAUUUUGAGCUAUCCACGUGUAUGUCUACGCUGUAUACAGCAGAUGUAAACAUACACACCACGUGGCGUGUUAUCGCGAGAACGUAACGUACUAUCGCGAGAACGUCACGCAUGUAAAAG